UUGCCCUGUGCUUAAAUUGAAAGUGCCACUUAUUACACUUAUCGCAUAAAAAUAUGUGCUUUAUGAGCUCAGACUGAAUUGUGAAGCGUUAAAAUGAGAUUGAUAGUUUUUUUACUUGCACUUGCGGCUGCAUUGACUAUGGCGGAUGAUGUUGAUUAUUAUCAUUAUUUCAAUGAAGACUUUUAUUCUGAAGACUACGAAUUGACAACUUUAAAACUGCAACAAACAUCAGAGUCCGCUUCUCAGAAUGGUGAACUGAUUUAUGUCAUUUGGAGCGCAUUAGGUAGCAUUCUUUAUUUUACUUGGAACAGCUUUGCUUUACGCAGUUAACUUCAUCUCCUACCCGCGGUACAAAAUAUUUUUUACUCAAGAAGGAACUUCCAAAAAUUGUGAUGAUGCAUCAAUUAUUCUGGAAUAUUAUUAACGAGAGCUAUAAAAAUCUUUUAAAUUUUUAUAUGUACAAAUAAAAACAUUGAUAACUUUGAGCC